GGCGAGCAGGAAGGGGCCUGUGUAGCCGAGGUGACGCAUCCCUGCCUGGCCCCCCGAGCAGCAGCUGGGUCAGCGGGCAACGGGACUGCGGGCCACCUUCCCAGGGGCUCCAGGAUGGACUUGUGCCACCCAGACCCCACGGAGCUGAGCAGCGGGGAGACCGAGGAGCUGCAGCGGAUCAAAUGGCACCGGAAGCAGCUGCUGGAGGACAUCCAGAAGCUGAAGGACGAGAUCGCAGAUGUGUUUGCCCAAAUUGACUGCUUCGAGACGGCGGAGGAGAGCCGGCUGGCCCAGAAGGAGAAGGAGCUCUGCAUCGGCCGCAAGAAGUUCAACAUGGACCCCGUGAAGGGCAUCCAGUACCUUACUGAGCACAAGCUGCUGGCCCCCGACGUCCAGGACAUCGCCCAGUUCCUGUACAAGGGCGAGGGCCUCAACAAGACAGCCAUCGGCACCUACCUGGGAGAGAGGGACCCCAUCAGCCUGCAGGUGCUCCAGGCCUUCGUGGACUGCCACGAGUUCGCCAACCUCAACCUGGUCCAGGCCCUCAGACAGUUCCUAUGGAGCUUCCGGCUGCCGGGUGAGGCCCAGAAGAUUGACCGGAUGAUGGAGACCUUUGCCACACGAUACUGCCUCUGCAACCCUGGAGUCUUCCAGUCCACAGACACCUGCUACGUCCUGUCCUUCUCCAUCAUCAUGCUCAACACCAGCCUGCACAACCCCAACGUGCGGGACAGGCCGCCCUUCGAGCGCUUCGUGUCCAUGAACCGCGGCAUCAAUGACGGCAGCGACCUGCCCGAGGAGCAGCUGCGGAACCUCUUUGAUAGCAUCAAGAGCGAGCCCUUCUCCAUCCCCGAGGACGACGGCAACGACCUCACGCACACCUUCUUCAACCCAGACCGCGAGGGCUGGCUGCUGAAGCUGGGGGGCCGCGUGAAGACGUGGAAACGGCGCUGGUUCAUCCUGACGGACAGCUGCCUCUACUACUUCGAGUUCACCACUGACAAGGAGCCCCGGGGAAUCAUCCCCCUCGAGAACCUCUCGGUGGAGAAGGUGGACGACCCCAAGAAGCCGUUCUGCCUGGAGCUCUACAACCCCAGCUGCCGGGGCCAGAAGAUCAAGGCAUGCAAGACGGACGGCGACGGCAAGGUGGUGGAGGGCAAGCACCAGUCGUACCGGAUCUCAGCCGCCAGCGCGGAGGAGCGGGACCAGUGGAUCCAGGCCAUACGAGCCAGCAUCACCCGUGUCCCCUUCUACGACCUGGUCUCUGCUCGGAAGAAGAAGAUUGCCAGCAAGCACUGAGCUUCCUGGGAGGUGGUGCUGGGGGCCAGCGUCCUGGGAACACCAUGACCUGUGGGACCUGGAGACCCACCUCCCCCCACAGGGCACCUUUCCUGGCCCGCAGACAUCCUCCCCGCCCCCGUACUUCGAGCUGACAGGAGAGGGGAGGCAGGGCUCAGGAGGGAGGCAGAACCACCGAGGGCUCAGAGCCUGCAGUGAGGCCCCUGGCCCUGGGCACCCAGCCGCUGCCAGGAAAGGCCCGGCCCCGCCCCCAGUCCGCCGCAGUAAGGGGUGAGGCAACCAGGCGAAGAGAAACCAGCCCCAGAACUGGCACCCUGUCCUCUGUCUGGGCCUCAGUUUCCUCUUCUGGUAAAUGCCUCCUUGCGCUCUCAGAUGCUGGCCGCCUGCAGAGUAGGAGGGGCCGCGUGGUUCCUUCCUGCCUUCGGUGAUGGCCACGCCUCCUCCUUCUGCUCAGGGGGUUUCUAGGCCAGCCCCUCCUUGGCCUCAGCUGGGGGUUGGCCCUCCCCGCCCAAGGGACACACACGGACAGGACCGCUGGGAGACUCCAGGAGCACUGGACUAGGAGCCCAGACCCCGCAGUCUCCGUCCCAGCUCCGUCUCCAACUUGCUGUGUGCCCUCUGCCAAGUCACACUUGUCUCUGGUUUGGAUAGAAAUGCCUUCCCCCCCCCCACCCCCCGGGCUCUGUGGCCCCUGCCCCCACCGACAGCAGUAGGCACAGCCCUAAGUGCAGGUCCCGGCCCGGCAGUGCAAGAGCUGGCUGCCUCCCUCCUCUGGGACUGCUUCCUCCAGGUAGGACAGGGUUGCACUGGGUCUCCCUGAGGAGCUUCUGGCUGGAAAUGUCUGCACUUACUGAGCUGGAGGGGGUCUGGACCGAAGGCUGCUGGGGAGCCGAGAGCAGAGUGGGCUCCAUCCUCAAGGAUAUUCAUUUUGGAGGAGGGCCAGGUGGGACUCCUCAAGAAAAUGGCAGAGAGCAUCCCAGAUAGACAUACUCAAGCAGGACUGUGGUCCAACCAAGAAGCCAAGAAGAGUGCUUUAUGAGCUGUGGUGACCAGGAGGGCUGCCUGGAGGCAGUGGCCACGCCAAUGAGUGACGUGGCAGAGUCUCAGCCACAACAGACCUGCCAGCCCAGUGGCCAGGGGACCCCUGGUGGUGAGGGGCUGCCCCAGCGUGGUCCCAGCUUCCUGAGACCCUCUGCAGCAGCACCGUCAAGAGUGGAGCUGACUUCCCAGCUCACAGGCAGGCAGCUCUGUCUCCAGGGAGGCCCCACCUGGAGGAGGAUUCCGCCAACAGGCGUCUUCUCAGAAGCACUCCUCGCCCCCUCGCACAGGCCCUGGGGGAGCCUCGGAGGGAAGUUCCCCGGCAGGAAGACAGGAUAUGGGGUUACCUUUGCCCCACUGCCAGCCUGAGUGGGCGAGCCGGGGCAAGGUGGAUUCCCCAGGGGCAGAGAGGCAACUUCUGCUCCCCUCCACCCCCAGACACACGUGCACACCUCCCACGGAGUCAGGAGAGAGCAGCUGCCUUGCAUGUGAAUGGUGAGAGCCCCGUCUCUGGAGGUGCGCGCGUGCCCGGUGAUGAGACGGCACCGAAGAGGGUCUGGGAUGGGCGUCUGCAGGAGGCCUUGCAGGCCGUUUGAGGACUUCCACAGGCCCCGUGUCAGCCUGGGAGCCGAAUGCCACCUCUCCCAUCUCAUGUGGCCCCUGAAGGGGCAGCCGGGGGUCACGGAAGGAGCACUGGGCUGGGGGUCACGGGGUCCAAGGUCGUCUCCUGCACUGGCAUACGCUGGCUGUGUGACCUUAGCGCACUCUCUUCCCCGCUCUGGCCCUCAGCUUCCUCCCCCAUUGAGGGGGGCAACCAGUGAUUCUCUGGGCAGGAGUGGGUAUUCUGGGAAUCCUUCAGAAGAGAGACUAAAGCUCAGAAUUCA